CUUCGCUGACGUCAUCGAACGUCAUACGACGCAGACUCAGACAUCAGUUGUGUACCUGUGGACGACAAAAGGAAGGUAAUUUCCGAAAGAAGUAGGGAUAUUUUCCUAAAUCCACGAUAUUAAAAAUGAUCGAAAAGUGACAGUUAAACGGUAAUUUGUUAACGCGAGUCGUUAUGGAAGGAGGUAGCCGAGUCGGAGGGCGACUGGCGAUCGAAGGUAUAGGUGGACGGGUUAUGAGAGGUCCCGAUUGGAAAUGGGGUAAACAAGACGGUGGAGAAGGACACGUUGGGACUUUAAGGAAUUUUGAAUCACCAGAAGAAGUUGUCGUCGUCUGGGAUAAUGGCACGGCCGCUAAUUAUAGAUGCUCCGGCGUUUAUGACUUAAGAAUCAUCGAUAGUGCCCCUACUGGAAUUCGACAUGAAGGAACCAUGUGUGAUACAUGUAGACAACAGCCAAUAUUUGGAAUACGUUGGAAAUGUGCUGAAUGUACAAAUUAUGAUUUAUGUUCAAUUUGUUAUCAUGGUGACAAGCAUCAUUUAAGACAUCGUUUUUAUCGGAUUACAACACCUGGUAGUGAAAGAGUAUUAAUGGAACCACGAAGAAAAAGUAAAAAAAUAGCUAUAAGAGGAAUAUUUCCUGGAGCAAGAGUAGUUAGAGGAGUUGAUUGGCAAUGGGAAGAUCAAGAUGGAGGUAAUGGACACAGAGGAAAAGUAACAGAAAUACAAGAUUGGAGUGCUGCAAGUCCAAGAAGUGCUGCUUAUGUUAUCUGGGAUAAUGGUGCCAAAAAUUUAUAUCGUGUAGGAUUUGAAGGAAUGGCAGAUCUUAAAGUUGUAAAUGAUGCAAAAGGAGGAACUGUAUAUAGAGAUCAUCUUCCUUUAUUAGGAGAACAAGGACCAGGUCGGUCUGGUGUGCAUGGAUUUCAGAUUAGUGAUCAUGUAAAUGUUGAUUUAGACUUAGAAAUUGUUCAGUCUCUUCAACAUGGUCAUGGUGGAUGGACAGAUGGAAUGUUUGAAUGUCUUGGUACUACUGGAACUGUUGUUGGAAUUGACGAAGAUCAAGACAUUGUAGUUUCUUAUCCUAGUGGUAACAGAUGGACUUUUAAUCCAGCAGUUUUGACCAAAGUAAAUUCUGCUCCUCCAACUUCUGCAUCUGGAGGAGGUGAUGCUAGUUCUACUCAACAGUUUUCUGUUGGAGAUUUAGUUCAAAUAUGCAAUGAUCUUGAACGUAUCAAAAUUCUUCAACGUGGACAUGGUGAAUGGGCAGAAGCAAUGACUCCUACUUUGGGAAAAAUUGGUCGUGUGCAGCAGAUUUAUCAUGAUAACGAUCUCAAAGUAGAAGUAUGUGGGACAUCUUGGACAUAUAAUCCUGCAGCUGUCACAAAAGUUUCUUCUGAUGGUACACUUCCUGGUACAGCUAGUGGAGAAAGAUUAAAUGCUUUAUUGAAAAAAUUAUUUGAAACUCAUGUUUCGGGAGAUAUUAAUGAAGAAUUGGUAAAAGCUGCUGCAAAUGGUGAUGCUCAAAAGUGUGAAGAGAUAAUGAAGCGUCCAGAAGCAGAUGUAAAUGGAAUGUUUGCUAGUCACACUGCUUUACAAGCAGCCAGUCAAAAUGGCCAUGUAGAAGUUAUAAAAAUCUUACUGCGCCAUAAUGCUGAUGUCGAAAUAGAGGAUAAAGAUGGUGAUCGAGCUGUGCAUCAUGCUGCAUUUGGUGAUGAACCUGUAGUAAUGGAAUUAUUGGCACGAGCUAAUGCAGAUCUAAAUGCUAGAAAUAAGAGAAGACAAACUCCUUUGCAUAUAGCUGUAAAUAAAGGUCAUGUUGGUGUUGUCAGAAUACUUUUAGAAUUAGGUUGUCAUCCUAGUCUUCAGGAUUCUGAGGGAGAUACUCCACUGCAUGAUGCAAUUAGCAAAAAAAGAGAUGAUAUGCUCACAUUAUUGUUAGAUCAUAAUGCUGAUAUUACUUUUACCAAUAAUAAUGGAUUUAAUGCAUUACAUCAUGCUGCUUUGCGAGGAAAUCCUAGGUAAGUAUUUUAAAUAUUUAAUUACAUUGUUUUCUAUAUUUUUCAAAUACAAAGUUUUAUUUAAUGUAAAAUAAAUACACUCUCACCAAAAACUG